ACUGGGACACAGCCUUAACCGCGCGGGGAGGGAGGGUUUAACCAUUAACCGCCAUUAACCAUUAAGGCAGCUGUGCAGAGCCGGUACCGUACAUAAGGCGUGCGCACCGGCUUCCACGCCUCAGCCUGAGCGCGUUACCAAGAGGUGGACGAUACAUCCAGCCAGCCGCUGUUACUGAUCAUCACUCCGGGUUGUGCGCUUCUCCUCUCCGGACCGCUGACACUUAAAGGUGACUUUCCACACUGAUGGGAGGGUACUUCUCUGCAGCUGGUAAUUCAAUCCUCAUACUGCAGACCUUUAAAUAUCUCCCUUGAAAACCAGCCAGCAGCCACGUGGUGUAAGGUGAGACAUUUCCAACCCAGCACACCAACCAGUGAGCCUGACCAGUCCGUGCUGCGAUCUGCCCACUUCAGACCUCUGAUUUUAUUUUCUCUUUAGCUCACACAGAACUUUGAAGUGACUGCAGGGGAUUUCUGUGGUGAGUCCCCAAGCCUCUUGUUUUCUCUUCUCUUCUGUUUUGAACCAGCAUGCUUUCUUCUUUUUUUUGCUGGCCUACCCUGAGCACCUUGCAGUGAAUGGAGAACAUACUGGUUCUGCUCCCGAAGCACCGACAGGAACACGGGCUCUGCAGACACACGGCUGCAUGUGCCUUGCUGCAAGUUCUUUCCUACAGAGCAGUUUUCUCCUGGUCUUUAAUACCGACCCCCACUCCCUGCAAGCCUCUUUAAUGGGAUAAAUCAAUUGGACUGAUCAGGUUCAAAACCAGAUCAGGUGGCCCGUUCCAUUCUUACUUCCCCAAAACUGUUAGGCCAAGGCAACCUGACCUUUUCUUGUCAAGCCCAUUGUCUUCCAAAGGCUUCCGCAUGGUACUUUGGUCGAAAGAACAAGAUAAAGUCCCCGACAUCGACAUGUCCUCCGGGGCCAUUGAGAUGAAGAAAGAGGGAGGCCCACUGACUCCGGACUUCCUCAACUCCAACUGCUCCGUCCACCCAGUGAUCCUCACCAAGGGCCCCGAGGAGGUGAGCCCGGGGACAGGGGGUGAGUUUGAGCUCACAGAGGUGACAUCUUUCACGGAGAGGCCCAGUGAGACCGGGGAGGAUGAAGAGAGGUCGGAGAUUGUGGUGGCAAUGGACUGCCGGGCCAAUGCCAAAGGUCAGCGGGAGGAGGACGCUCUCCUGGAAAACGCAAGCCAGAGCAACGAGAGCGACGACACCAGCACCGACCAGAGCCCAGAACCACCUGCUCCCCUUAAAGAGACCUCCUUCUCCAUUGGCCUGCAGGUGGUGUUUCCCUUCCUGCUGGCCGGGUUCGGGACAGUGGCGGCAGGAAUGGUGCUAGACAUUGUCCAGCACUGGACGGUGUUUACGGAGGUGUCGGAGGUGUUCAUCCUGGUUCCAGCGCUGCUGGGGCUCAAAGGCAACCUGGAGAUGACGCUGGCCUCUAGACUUUCCACAGCGGCUAAUAUUGGUCAGAUGGACACAGCCAAGGACAUGUGGAAGAUGAUCAUGGGGAACUUGGCCCUCAUCCAGGUCCAGGCCACAGUGGUAGGGUUCCUGGCCUCCAUAGCAGCUGUGAUCUUCGGCUGGAUCCCAGAGGGACACUUCAGGCUGGGCCACGCCGUGCUGCUGUGCGCCUCCAGCGUGGCUACGGCCUUCAUCGCCUCGCUGCUGCUAGGGCUCAUCAUGAUUGGUGUGAUCAUCGCAUCCAGGAAAGUCGGCAUCAACCCUGACAACGUGGCCACGCCGAUUGCUGCUAGCCUGGGAGACCUGAUCACCCUGUCCCUGCUGGCAGGCGUCUCUACGGGACUGUACAAGGAACUGGAGUUCAAUGACUACGCCAACCCGUUGGUGUGUGCGGUGUUCGUGGCGUUGUGCCCCAUAUGGGUGCUGAUAGCCAGGAAGAUCCCCUCCACCAGAGAGCUCCUCUACUCCGGCUGGGAGCCAGUCAUCAUCGCCAUGGCCAUCAGCAGUGUUGGUGGCUUGAUCCUCGACAAGACUGUCACUAACCCGAACUUCGCCGGCAUGGCUGUCUUCACCCCGGUCAUCAACGGAGUGGGAGGUAACCUGGUCGCGGUUCAGGCCAGCCGAAUCUCCACCUAUCUGCACAUGAACGGUCUACCCAUGGGGGACCCCAACCCCACCCCCAGGAAGUGCCCCACGCCCUGCACCUCCUUCUUCGGCUCCUCUGUGAACUCUCGCUCGGCCCGUGUGCUCUUCCUCCUGGUUGCCCCGGGUCACCUCGUCUUCCUCUACACCAUCAACUCCCUGAGGGGCGGGCACACCACCCUGACGCCCAUCUUCAUUACCUUUUACCUUGCUGCUGCACUACUACAGGUGAUGAUCCUGCUCUACAUGGCAGACUGGAUGGUUCACUGGAUGUGGGGCCGAGGCAUGGACCCCGACAACUUCUCCAUCCCAUACCUGACCGCUCUGGGUGACCUGCUGGGGACCGGCUUCCUCGCCCUCUGCUUCCACAUGCGCUUUUUCAUCGGAGAUAAAGACACUGACUUGGGCAACUGAAUGCUUGAAUUGGCACACACAUUCACAGACAAACACACCAAACACGAAAAAACAAAUCACAUUCUGUACGCUUGCACCAACGGACUGAACAUUAUCACCGUAUGCCUGAACAUAAAGUGGACGUCGUCUACAAUAAAAGGGCUAAUCUCCUGUAGGGCUCCGACAGAUGGCGUCGUGCACUUGUAGAGCAGUUACGUUUCAUCUUCAGGACAUCAGGACACUGACGCACCACAGCAGGAACGCAAGAAUCCGGACAGUAUCUGCGUUUCACCUUUAGAAACCACUGAAUCACACAUAUCUGCACCUCCUCUGCACCAUGAUUGUUGGCAAAUAAUGACAUGGUAUGAUAUGAAUGAUAUGAAUCGAUAUCAUGCGCAGGACCAGUCCUCAUUAUUUUCAAUGGGGACGUUGGCCCUCCGGUUUGUAAGGAUCAAAUUCAAACACUUGAAACCAAGACAACAACAACCAACGGCAAAAAACCAACAGCAAAAGAUAAAAGUAUGUAUGUACUACUAUUUGCACAUAUAUAUAUAUAUAUAUGUGCGUGUUAUGUAUAUAUAUAUAUAUGUUCAAACAAGCUGAGAAUGCUUAAUCACCAAGUGCUACGUCAUGAACACAAUGAAUCUUAUGUCAAAUACAAAUUUAAAGUGUGUCAUUUCUGAUUUAGUGCAGAGGGCCAGCUGUUCUCUCUGUUUUGGCCUUGGGAACAUAGUGGGGGAGUUUUGGACGACAAACAUAACAAACCAGAUCCCUUUUGGUGUUGCUCUCAUCGAUGGAUGGCUUAAUUUGAACAGAAUUUCAACAGGAGCAGGACUGUAAUUCCUCUGCUUACUUCCCCUCAGUUCUGUGUUCGAGAUUUCGUCACAUCAGCUCUGAGGUCAGACCACAGUCCAGCAAACACUUCAGUCAGCCACUACCGGAGCGGAUCUUCCCUUUUAUUUUCUUGGCGUCUAAUUAACGUCUGUUUAAAUUUUUCAUUUAGUGGGAAUUGUGUGUUCAUUCACACAAUAUUAGCCCAUCUUAUUCCAUGGAGUUUACACUACUUUCUGGGCCAAAUCUACUUAAAAACUGCCAUCGUGCGAUACCCUGAGGGAAAUUCUUCUUUGUUUGAGUAAAUACGCAGAAACAGUGGGAAACAGUAUGUGGGACAAUGGCAGCACAGAUGUCAGUUAAGAAUGUGUCCAAGCACCUGACUCACAAAAACACACACUUCACUGUUUGCUGCAGCUCACAGUGGGGGGAGUUUAGAGAGGUCUGAUUUUACAGCGAGCCUUUCCAGGUGAGAAUCGCACCAGCCCCCCCCCUCACCCACCCAUCUGAAACCAUCUGCCAACUCUCUACUGGAGCAGGCUAGUUGUUGUUGUUGCUGUGUUACCUGAGUCAGACUUACAGUAAGUGACAAGAGGCUCAACAUGCUGCAGUGCACUGGGGACAACCUGCAGCGCUCAUCCGACUGAACGGCGUUGUGGCACAGAGUGUGAAAGUGCGUUAAGUUGCUUUAGCCAGGAUGUGCUCGGUUUCAGCUGGCGCAGUCUGACGUCAGAUAAAGGUACUGAUUACUGGUGUUUUGUAAGGAUGUUUGAUAUCUGUAGCUCUUUCAUUUGACAAUUUUAACUGUUGGAGUCCUACAUCAAUUAAAGACAGACUAAUGAAGUCAUGUCACAUCGGCUGCAGGAAGUCGUGGCAAACUUUUCCAGUAUUUAACUGUAGGUAUUUGGUUUUUAUUUAUUCUCCAGAAGAUUAACUUAGUUCUUAGAGCUGAUCAGGGGUCCAGUCUCAAAACAGAGACAGUCUCGGUCAUACCAGCGUAUAGAACAUUUAAUUUAAAUCUAAACACUUCAUUUGUGCCGCCUCUGUCAGCGUAUGAACAGCUUACAGAAAAGGAACGAUUUGCAGACAGUUGAAGUUGAUGGCAGAAAUCCAUCUUUUAAAUGAGCUGUAUUGCCUUUAGUUCUCAAAGCUAGCAAGCUGGCUGUCAGGUAGGAAGUGUUGUUAGUUUGGAGAACUUGAAUCCCCCUCCAGUAACUCUUUACUGAGUGAAAUGAUGUACAAUCUUGAGAAACAAAAUGCAGAGGGGAGCAGAAAGGCACAGUACCUCGAAGGUUGUUGUGAAUGGGCACUGAGGAAGAUGUCAGUAUAGUUAUUUUUUCCAGUUUCUGUGGAGAUGUUUAGAGUUAAAUUCUGGCACAACAUGUUUUAUUCCCCACUUGUCACACAUUAAGGUGAUAGAAUAACUAAUAAUAAUCUCUCUGGGAGGGGAGACCUUUUGAAAAUGUUAAAUCAAAGGGCAAAAUUGUACUCACGUGUCAGUUUUCAACUUUAGUGUGUACACACACACACACACAUACACAAGCUGUCUGCCAGACUUUGAGAAUCAGCUGACCUGAGCUGACUCUUAUUUUGAAGGCUCACAGGUGAGGAGGAGGAGGAGAAUGCAAAAGGAAGCCACUAGCCAUUUGAACAGACUGUACCAAGUACAGACGUUGGCCCAGAAGUAAAGCCCAGCGUCUUAGGAGAAACUUUCAUGUGAUACUCGACUUAUCCCACGUUUAUCACACUUCUGUGCUGUUUCCAAGGGGCCAGCAGAAUGCAUGUGCAGGGCACAUAGUGUGAAUGUGCAAAACUUGAUUAUUUUAUCUUUUUCUUCCUGACUGAAUGUGUUGAUUAAAAUUGUGAUUUUUUUCUAUUCCUUUCUGUAAUCUUUUUAACUCUUCAAGAAUAUUGUUUUGUGUCAUGAACUUUCAUCAAACAAACAAACAAACAAACAACCACUGUAAAGAUGAAGAAACUUCUCCACGCCACACAGUACUGUAAUAUGCAAAACAGACAGCAGGUGGCACCGCAGGGAUUGUGUUAACUGUUCACCGUCUCAGUUCAUCUCUCUGUGUCCUCUGGAUUUAAACCCACACGUUUAUCCGCAGUGAUUUAUUGUGUCUUCUUUUCUACAGUGUUUGACUUGUUGUAAAAGUUGCAUCCUUCCAUCUGUUCACUUUCAGACUGUAUCCUCCACUCUCUUUACUGAGCAGGUUCCGGCGUUCUGCCUCUGUGUCAAUGGAAAGUUGUGAAUACUUCUAUAAGGGGGCAAGUAAUGCUUUGUCUAUUUAUUUUUAGAAACACACAAAGCAAAUUGUACAUAUGAUAUUUAUUCUAUAUAUAAGGUUGUUUAUUUUGUCAUUUCAUUUUGGCUCCGUUUCGUUGUCACCAUGUUGAUGUCAUUUCUUCCUCUUUUAUGCUUUUUUUUUUUCUUUGCAAAAGGCCAGUAGAGCUUUUUGGUGCAUGCCGCGAUAGUGGAGCGGCGAGCAGUGCCUAAUGCCCGUCUUUACACACCUCACACAUAUGCGCACACACCCUGUCUCACGCAGGGAGAGCAUACUUAUAAGACAUAGAAUGGCCUUAACCUGUCAGAGCCAAGCUCAAGUCAGAGUAACCAAUCAGGAGCAAGGUUUGCCACAGAGUAGCGUCUCUUUAAUUAGCUUUGAUUAAUAAAAGAUCUACAGUAAGUUGAUUGUAAUGUGUAAUAUGAUAAUGACUUUAUAUGAUGCAGCAGUGCAGAGGGGGGCUGGUGGCAUCGGUCACAAGCUUUUGGUCACAUGAUUGUGCAAAAAUUAGGACUUGGAGGUGGGAAAACCUCAAGGCCGGUUGUAUCGGGCAUCUGAAAAGUCUGGAGUCAAGUAAGAGCUGAAUCUGAACCAGGAAAGCAGAAAAAAACAACGUGACAAAAUGCACAAUGUUACUUGAUUCCAGUGUGUAAAACAGCCGGCCUUCAAAACCCUUCACCAGUCUGCUGCCUUGUUAACCUCAGUGCUUCAAAGCGUUGAGCUCCUGGACUCACAGGAAACCACACUGAUCCUCAGGCUGCCAGCGUCCACAUCAAGAUCAAGCCUUUGACUCAAACUUCCGCCUGUCCCAGUCAGCCCCGCCACCUCUGAGAAACUGAUGCAAAAACAUGCAGUCUUACAAGGGACUGAGAUCUUUUGAAUUUCUGUUAGUCCCUCCGUGAGUCUGGAGGAAGGUUUUCUCCCUGCAGGACUUUGUAAAUUGCUGGAAAUAAAGGACUAUAUUAUUUCAUACCA